GGCAGAUUAAAUGCAACCGGCGCUGGUUUGGUGAAAUUCCGGCGCCGAUUUUGUCCUGGGAUUUUGGGGAUGUUCCGCUACGAAUUUGGACAUGAGUCCUUCACCAAAGUUGUAGAUAAUGAAGUCGUCUAUCCACCAAAACUUGAAUGACGUGAUUUUAUUCAUCCAAUCAAACGUUAUGGCUAAAACACUGAGAGGUAUGCAUCCUGAAAUCCCACCAGCAACAUCUGACUUUGUUGGUUGAUUGAGUCUUGUUCCUUUCAUAUUUUGGCCAUGACGUCUUCAUAACAUUUGUACCUUAUUGAGUUAGCAUUCACAUGAAACUCCAAUCGAGUGAUUUCGAGUUCUAUAGAAUACGUUAUACUCAAAUUAUGGGCAGAACGUCAUUCUCUUGGUCUAAAAAGUCGUUCAUCGCAAUGUUUUAUGCUCUAGCUCUCAUUUUGGGGGUAUUUGCCCAAUUUCUCUUCCUUUCUUCAACAAAUACUUAUAAAUACUUAUGUUAAACACAAGUAAAUAUAACGGCUAUCAGCCUCUCAUCUGGAAAAGUCUCUUCAAGCUCAAACUUUUUGAAUGUCUCCACCACUUCAGUCUCUAGUCUAGAUAGAUGAUCUGCUGCUUGGUUAGCGGUCCCCUUUCGGUCUUUGAUCUCCACAUAGAAUUCCUGCAACAAAAGAAUCCAGCGGAGAAGCCUAGGCCUUGCAUCAUUCUUCUGAAGUAAAUACCUCAAAGCCGCAUGGUCAGUGAAGACAAUUACCUUAGAAAGAAUGAUGUAGGGUCUAAAUUUCUCCAAAGCAAACACAAUAGCCAAAAACUCUUUUUCAGUAGUGGUAUAAUUGAGCUGAGGCCCCGCUAAAGUCUUACUGGCAUAGUAGAUAGGGCGAAAGUGCUUAUCCUUGGUUUGACCCAGGAUAGCCCCAACCACUUGAUCGCUAGCAUCACACAUUAUCUCGAAAAAAUGAAAAAAGAGAGAGAAGCAGCCCAAACCAAGGGGGUUCAUCCAUUCGUUUCACUUUGGAAAUUAACCCCAGCGGCACUAGUUUUUUUCUUCCCCUUCCUGCUCACCUUGCCGCAGAUCAAUUCUGUUCAUUCGAAGCACACCAGAUUAGCUGCACCAGGUUUUCUUCUCUGUUCAUUUUAGUUACAAGCAGCCGCAGGGAAGGAAUUCUUUCUGUUUGUUUCUGAACCAAUCGCAGCAAGCAGAAGUUAGAGACCAAGAAGCAACUUUUCUUCCUUUUCUUUGACAAUCAGCCGCAGCAGAAAGCAAGAGACCAGGAAUGCCUAAACGUCAUUUUCCCUCAAUUCUUUCAAUUCAAUUUACAUUCUAAGUAAUGAUUGUAAGUUCCUGCAUAUUUUACAUUACUUGUUUUCUGUUUUGGAUUGAAUUUUGAAUUGGUAGUCUCCAUCUAGUAAUUUCAGUUUUUUUUUUACUAUUAAAUACUCGUAAACCAGUUUUUUGUUUCUAGCUCCACAUAUGUUUAUUGUGAUGUUAAUUUUAAUCAUGAAUAGCUAAUUUCAUAUAGGGUUUGAAUUGGGGCUAGGGUUCAUGGGUUCUUGAGGGUGUGAAUUUAGUUUUUUUAUCAAUUAAUUUUCUGGAUAAUUGUAUAAGAUUAAUCAUAAUUGUCUAUAUGAAUUUGAUCACCUCAUAUAUGAAUUUCUGGAUUUAAUUCAAUUCUUGUCUAUGAGAAAUUGAGUUAAAUUAGCUCAGGUCUUAUACAAGCAAUCUGACCUUAGAAAUAAGUUAGGAUUGUGAAAUAUUGAUUUAAAUCUUGUCUAUGAGAAUUUAUUUCAUUUUCUUUCCAGGAAUAAUUGAAAGUUAAUUUACUUAAUUCUAAUCCCGAAAGAACACCCAGAACCCGAACCAUCCAAUUUGAACCCUGUUUUACUAUCUAGAAUCAAUUUAAUUUGUUUUUUCUUCCUCUACUUAUUUUUGCACUCGUUGUUAGUUAGUUUUUUUAUUUUAUUUUAUCACCCACAAAUAAUUAUUUGGAAAGAUUACCAUGACUUGUGCUAGCCUGUGAUCACGGAUUGUAUGUAAAAACUUCCUUUUUGCCACUCCUUGAGAGACGAUACUCGUGGUCUGGUUAUUCUUAGGAUUAACCAACUAAAAAAAUACACCGAUCAAAUGGCGCCGUUGCCGGGGAGUGGCACGGUUGUUUGUUAAGUACUUUCUGUGGAAUAGGUAAAAGCAAGCCGGUGAGACUUUCUAUUUUUUGUCUGUUAUUUGUUUGUUGUUUUUGGUAUUUUUUGCACGUGAACUAAGCUGCAGGAACCGGUGUAUGCACACACGUACUCGGGGAACUGAAGGCUUGAUCCCAUUGAAUCCAAACCCCGAGAGUAUUUUGAGAAGAAGAAAAGGAAGGUCAAGAAACAUGGCCGGAGAACAUCAGCCCGCAAGGAGGACAAUGUAUGAACAAAUUACUCCGCAAUUUGCAGAGGUUGAUGGAAUAACCAUGCCGGGCAUUGAAGCUGCAAAUUACCAACUAUCCCCCGGGUUAAUCAAUCUAGCCCAGAGUAACCAGUUCGGAGGGAUGAGACAUGAAGAUGCCCAGACACAUAUGCGUUGGUUCAACCGUCUCUGUCGGACUUCCCGAAUCAAUGGAGUUUCUGAAGCAGCUAACAAACUACUUUUGUUCCCAUUCACUCUAAGGGACAAGGCGCAACACUGGCUCGAUAGCCACACUUUUGCCACCUGGGAUGAAUUAUACCAAGCUUUCAUGAAACAGUACUGCCCAGCAUCCGCAGGAAUCAAAGCCAAGGCAGCCCUCCAGAACUUUAGGCAAGGGAGGAACGAGACAUUGAGUGAGGCAUGGGAGCGGUAUAAGGAGCUCCGAAUUAACUGUCCAUCCAACAUCAUGGAGAGCAUGGACACCAUAUUUCACUUCUACAAUGGGCUGUCCAUUGAGAGCAAAAAGGAGUUGGAUUACUCUUCUAAAACAGGUUCAAUCCUAAGGCUAACAUCAGGAGAAGGUGAAGAACUGAUAGAGACUAUUACCUCAAAUGAGUAGAGGUACUGGUAUGAUGAGCGAAGUGAAAGAGCGCCACAGAAGGCAGGAUUAUAUGAGGUUGAUUCUAGUACAGCUGCUGCCGCAAAACUGGAUGCUCUUGUCCUAAAAUUUGAGAAACUCUAUGAAGCUCAGGCGCAGAACCAAUACCAAGGUGGGCAGGGGAUGAACCAGAGGAGUGUUCGACCAAUGCCAAACCAGAAUCCAGUGAGAGACAUGGUGCUUUCGUGUGAUCAUUGUUUCGGAGCCCACCUGACCAAUUCAUGUCCUCAAUUCUUUGAAGAGCCCAUUUCACCUCAAGAAGUAAAUCUUAUGGAAUAUGCUAAGAAAGGAGAGGGUCCACUAGCACCUCAAUACCAAGGAAACCGAGGUAACUUUGCUGGCUACAACAACCAGAGGAAUAAUUUUCAGAGUGGUGCGAACCAGUGGAGAGAUAAUAAUCGCCAAGGAGGGUACCAACGAGGCCAAGGAAGUGGCAGCAACCAGCCUUAUGUGCCCCCACAUAUCAGACAACAAGAUAAUUCAGCUCAUUCCCAACUAGAUUUGGUGCUUGCAGAGCUGACACGGGCUAGAGAAGAAAAUGAAUUAAGAGAUAAAAGGGCAAGAGAGGAAAAGAUAUUGAUGGAGCAGCGGUUGAGGAACCUUGAGCUGCAACAUGAGCAACGAAUGCGGGAACUAGAGAACAGAUUCUUUGGAGGUCCUUCCGGGAGGCAGUCUGGAAGCCUUCCCAGCACUACAGAGCCAAACCCAAGAGAGCAUGUGAAUGCAAUAAAUCUGCGCAGCGGGAAGCAAGUUCCUGAACCAAUGGUGGAUGCGAAGGAGAGCCAAGCCAAGAAUGUUCCUAGCUGUCCAGGAAAGAGUGCAGAGCCAGUCAAUGUCCCAAAACCUAUUCAAAGACAAUCUGAAGAUGAACUAGAGUUCAAUUCUGAACAGCCAGGCCAGAGAGAGGGCAAGGCAAUCAUCGAGCCGAAUACACUUCAACAAGAGGCCAAGAGGGCUAAUGCACCAGUUGUUCCAUUCCCUGCUCGUGUCAAGAAGGGCGAGGACCGCAAGAGAGAAUACAAGUUUAUGGAGAUGAUUCGCAAACUACAUGUGGAUAUGCCACUCACAGAAGUACUUGCGGAGAUGCCUAAAUAUGCAAAGUUCCUGAAGGACUUAAUCACCAACAAAAAGAGGCUGGAGGAGUACUCUGUGGUUGACCUAAAUGCUGAGUGUUCAGCUGUGGUGACAAAAAUGAUGCCGGAAAAGCUCAAGGAUCCAGGUUCUUUCACCAUACCUUGUUCUAUUCAUGAUUAUGUUUUUAAAAAUGCACUAGUUGAUCUAGGAGCCAGCAUCAACUUGAUGCCAGCUUCUCUUGUUAAUAAGUUGGGACUGGGUGGAAUGAAACCCACUAGGAUGUGUCUUCAAUUAGCUGAUCGCUCUGUUAAGUACCCGAGUGGUAUUAUUGAGGACGUCCUAGUCAGGGUUGGUGAGUUUAUUUUUCCAGUAGAUUUUGUCGUUAUGGAUAUAGAGGAGGAUCGUGGUACCCCUCUUAUUUUGGGGCGGCCCUUCUUGGCCACUGCCCGUGCUAUUAUUGAUGUGUCUGAUGGUUCACUGACUUUGAAAAUUGGAGAGGACACUUGUACUUUUCGACUCUCAGAAGCUAUGAACCACCCCGAGGCACAAACUGAGAGCUGUAAUUUUCUUCAUAUGUAUGAUUGCAUUGAGGAUUAAUUGUUCUGAUGAUACUGCAUGUGGUGAGGUCUUAAAUGUGGGUAUGUGUGAUGAUGAAAUGUUAUCUCAUGAACUUAAAUGCUGUGUUGAUGAUUUGCUAGGAGAAGCCUCUCAAGAGGUUAUAGGUAAUAUUGUUGUUGAUACACCCUCAUCUGAGCAGUUUUCUGAGCUCAAAAGGCUCCCGGAACACCUACAGUACGCUUCAUUGGAUGAUGAGGGCAAACACCCCAUUAUCAUUGCUUCUGAUUUAGAGAGAGAUGAAAAAGAUAAGGUUGUGUCCUUUCUUUAUAAGAGGGUGAGAGUAAUUGUUCUGAUGAUACUGCAUGUGGUGAGGUCUUAAAUGUGGGUAUGUGUGAUGAUGAAAUGUUAUCUCAUGAACUUAAAUGCUGUGUUGAUGAUUUGCUAGGAGAAGCCUCUCAAGAGGUUAUAGGUAAUAUUGUUGUUGAUACACCCUCAUCUGAGCAGUUUUCUGAGCUCAAAAGGCUCCCAGAACACCUACAGUACGCUUCAUUGGAUGAUGAGGGCAAACACCCCAUUAUCAUUGCUUUUGAUUUAGAGAGAGAUGAAAAAGAUAAGGUUGUGUCCUUACUUAGGCGGCGUGAAGGGGCCAUUGCUCGCACGCUAGGGGAUAUUAAGGGGAUCGAUCCUACCUUUUGCACACAUAGGAUUAGCAUUGAGGAAGGGUUCAGCCCGACAGUGCAACCACUGCGCAGGUUGAACCCUAAUUUGAUGGAGUUUGUGAGAACCGAGAUUUUGAGGCUUUUAGAUGCAGACAUUAUAUACCCAAUUUCUGAUAGUAGUUGGGUGAGUCCUAUUCAUAUGGUUCCUAAGAAAGGGGGAAUGACUGCUGUUGAGAAUGACAAAGGGGAGUUAAUACCUACUCGCAUUGUGUCAGGGUGGCGGAUGGUGAUUGAUUACCGAAAACUAAAUGAUGCCACCCAGAAGGACCACUUCCCUUUGCCAUUUAUUGAUCAGCUAGUUGAGAAUUUAGCAGGGCACGGGUAUUAUUGUUUCUUAGAUGGGAUGAGUGGGUACUUUCAGAUUCAUGUAGACCCUAGAGAUCAGGAGAAGACCACUUUUACUUGUCCCUUUGGCACUUUUGCUUUCCGUAGGAUGCCCUUCGGCUUGUGUAAUGCUCCUGCUACAUUUAUGCGUUGUAUGCUAGCCAUUUUUGACAGGUUUAUUGGAGAUUUCAUGGAAGUAUUUAUGGAUGAUUUUUCUGUGUUCGGUGAUACUUUUGACUCUUGCUUAACUAACCUUGACAGGGUGCUUGCUAGAUGUGAGGAGACCCACUUGGCCUUAAGUUGGGAGAAAUGCCACUUUAUGGUCAGGGAGGGCAUUGUUUUAGGGCAUAAGGUUUCUGAAAAGGGAAUUGAGGUUGAUAAGGCGAAGGUCGAGGCUAUAGAGAAACUUCCGUAUCCAACCACAGUAAAAGCCAUCUGUAGCUUUCUUGGGCACGCUGGCUUUUACCGCCGGUUCAUACAGGAUUUCUCUAAGAUUGCCCGACCUUUGACUAAUCUUUUAGGGAAAGAUGUACCUUUUGAUUUUUCACAUGAUUGUGUUGUUGCUUUUGAUACUUUGAAAAGGAAAUUGACUGAGGCUCCCAUUCUUGCUACACCCGAUUGGUCUUUACCUUUCGAGAUAAUGUGUGAUGCUAGCGAUCAAGUGGUUGGGGCUAUCCUGGGUCAAACCAAGGAUAAGCACUUUCGCCCUAUCUACUAUGCCAGUAAGACUUUAGCGGGGCCUCAGCUCAAUUAUACCACUACUGAAAAAGAGUUUUUGGCUAUUGUGUUUGCUUUGGAGAAAUUUAGACCCUACAUCAUUCUUUCUAAGGUAUUUGUCUUCACUGACCAUGCGGCUUUGAGGUAUUUACUUCAGAAGAAUGAUGCAAGGCCUAGGCUUCUCCGCUGGAUUUUGUUGUUGCAGGAAUUCUAUGUGGAGAUCAAAGACCGAAAGGGGACUGCUAACCAAGCAGCAGAUCAUCUAUCUAGACUAGAGACUGAAGUGGUGGAGACAUUCAAAAAGUUUGAGCUUGAAGAGACUUUUCCAGAUGAGAGGCUUCUAGCCAUUCAACACAGUUCAAAGAUGCCUUGGUAUGCAGAUCUUGCUAACUUUCUUGUGGGCAAAGUUGAACCUGCCGGGAUGUCUCGCCACAUGAUUAAGAGAUUGAAGUCUGAAGCCAAGCAUUACUUCUGGGAUGAUCCAUACCUAUUCAAAAUUUGUGCUGACCAAGUUGUGAGAAGAUGUGUACCUGAACAAGAAGGAUAGGAGAUUCUAAUGCAUUGUCAUGCUGGACCCACGGGAGGUCACUUCUCAGGAGAGAGGACUGCCAGGAAAGUUCUUGAUUGUGGAUUCUAUUGGCCCACCAUUUUUAAGGAUGCUCAUGCUUAUGCUUUAGCUUGUGAUCAGUGCCAGAGGACUGGGAACAUAUCCCGAAGAGAUGAAAUGCCACAACACUAUAUUUUGCCAUGUGAAGUGUUCGAUGUGUGGGGAAUUGAUUUCAUGGGCCCUUUCCCGAGUUCGAAAGGGAACAAGUUCAUAAUAGUUGCUGUUGAUUAUGUGUCCAAGUGGGUGGAGGCCCAAGCAUGUUCCACGAAUGACACAAGGGUGGUUGUCCGGUUCUUAAAGAAGUUAUUUGCACGAUUUGGUGUUCCCAGGAUCUUGAUCAGUGAUAGGGGCAGCCAUUUCAGAAGUGACGCUAUGGCCCGUAUCCUUCAGCGAUAUGGUGUUCAACACAGAAGCGGAGUGGCCUACCAUCCCCAGUCUCAAGGUCAGGUUGAAAAUUCAAAUAGAGAAAUCAAGGCAGUAUUGGAAAAGACAGUUGGUCGGUCAAGAAAGGACUGGGCUGAAAAGCUUGAUGAUGCUUUGUGGGCUAUUCGAACAUCAUAUAAGACUCCUGUUGGCACCACACCAUUCAGGUUGGUUUAUGGAAAAUCAUGCCAUCUUCCAGUGGAGGUCGAGCAUAAGGCAUUUUGGGCUCUGAAGAAUGUUGUAUUUGACCUUGAAGGGGCUGGAAAGGAGAGAUUUUAUCAGCUGAAUGAGCUUGAAGAGUGGCGUGCUAUGGCUUUCCACAACAACCAUUUGUAUAAGGAGCGAGUGAAGCAAUAUCAUGAUAGGCACAUCAAGCAAUCCCGCGAGUUUAGAGUUGGAGAUCAGGUGCUGCUGUAUAAUUCUAGGUUGAAGUUGUUCCCUGGGAAACUGCGUUCCAGAUGGUCAGGGCCAUUUACUGUGACUGAGGUCUAUCCGUAUGGCACCAUUGAGUUGCAUGAUCCUGCAAGGGGAAACUUUAAGGUUAAUGGUCAUCAAGUGAAGCUCUAUUAUGGCGAGAAAGUGAGCACUGAAAGGGAGGUUCUUUAUCUUAAGGAGAUUAGCGGCUAAGCAUGAUCUAUCGUCAAGCUAGUGACGUUAAAGAAGCGCUUCUGGGAGGCAACCCACCAUAAAAAAAAAUAGAAUUAGGAGUUUUUGUUUUCUUUUGCACUUUUGUUUCUGUUGUUUUAUGUUUUCAUCUUGUGGUUGUGGGGGUGGAUUUCUUUGCUCUGAAUUACAGGUACGACAUGGAGAUCUUGGACUGCUGGUGGAAGAAGCGCAGCCCUAUGUAGAGGAGCCUCCCAAGGGCUGCCAGUUGGUGUACUUAACAGAAGGUCCAUGAGUGAUAUGAGAGCAAAGCAUUUACUUUUGAGGACUAGAGCGAUGAGACGUCCAAUAGCUAUUUUGGGUGUUUCGGUGGGACAAGAUUCAGGGACUAGAGCGCAGCCAGAACGCGAGCAAGUUCAGGGCAGCAGUCCACACUUCAAAUUAGGCCUCGGGUCACCACACUUCAGAGGACGAACUGUCCAGCUUUAUCCUUCUAGCAUUGAGACCUAAACUAGAGAAGAGUUUUUCUAGCUGGCAUGAACGAGCAAACUGAGAUCAAUACCAAAAGUGCAUCCAUGUCACCAGAAACUCAAUAUGUGCAGCCCUAGUAAAGCAGCCUUUACUAUGUUUACUCAGAAGUUGAGGGAUUUGAUGCACACCACCUGGACUUCCCAUCAUCAGAGUCAUAGAGCCCUCAAAUGCAAACGAGAUCCAAGAGCAAUCAAUCGCAGAGAUUCAAGGUUAUUCAAAGUUUUUCUGGAGGUUAUUCACUGCCGUUUGUCUUGUAUGGUAAUUUGCCAACUUUUACUACGCUGCUAAGAAUGUGUGUUUACUCUCAUAUUACUCCUUUGUUGAUUUGUGUUGAUUGUUAUUAUUCUGACUAUGAUGUGCUGUCGGGAUGAAAAUCAUUUUAUUCUUAACUUGCCCCUAUUAUUUCUGUUUUAAUCUUUUCUUUGACCUCGAGGGCGAUGUCACCCUUAAGUGUGGGGAGGUUUGGUUGUAGUUGGACAUGGCAUUUGGCGAUGAAGUUAUUCUAUCCAAAAACAUUUUGAGGUGCACGAGGAUUUUUCUGGUUUAGCAACGCAACAGAGGUAACUUGUUAAUCUUUAUUUUCUUUUGUAAUCUUCCAUCUCCUCCAUCUUUCUUGGAAAGAAUUAGUAAUGGUGUAAUCAUCGGAGUGGUGUGUAUAUUCUUGGGAAAUGUUGGCAUGUUGGAUGGUUUGAUUUGUGUUGAUUAAAUUCGGUUUUUACUCGUGAUUCACUAGUUCGCAUUAAUAAUUCCUUGACUGGCCAGGUGUUGAAAAUCCUUACUCCGUAAGGAGCUCUGCUUUCUAAGCAUAUCGGGAUAACUUCAUGCUAAGUAGGCAACUGAUUCUUGUAAUGGGGUUACACUUCGUGUGUCGAGAAUUUCAUCCCCGAAAUGGGGCUCUGCUCAUCUCGCGAAUCACCUUGUGUGAGAGUUGAGUACACAGUAAUGAGAUAAACUCCCAGGCCCUAGAGCUUGAAUCAGUCCUGCAAUCCAGAACCUGGUCAACUUUACAUAUUCAAAAAAAAAAAAAGAAUCACGAGUAUUCCGAGUUUUAUCACACAAUUCUUGGGUUUUUCUGGAAUGAUUGGUGGUUUGGAUUUCACACACCUGCACCGUUGGGACCAUCAUGCUUUUCUUUACAUUUUAGUCGGUUGGAGAGGGAUUUUACUUUUGAAAAUAUUGUUCAACAUGUGAAUCUUGGUUUCGUUGUUAAGAAAGAAAAGACCUUGUGCAGUCAUUUGUUUUGGGUGUGAAUGAUUUUUGAACCAGGUGUUACAUGUGAUUAUUUUGUUUUCCGUGGGUUUAAUGCACUGUUGCUUGGGGGCAAGCAACGCUCAAGUGUGGGGAGAUUUGAUAGGCUCGUUCCGUUCCUAUCUUUUCACCCAUAUUUGGGUGUUAAUUUUUUAAUUUUUAUAAUUAACCGAGUGACUAUUGGGGGUUUGAGUGAAAAUUUGCUAUUUUUCGGUCCCGGUGGCAGUCAUAUUGGAAAUAGUAUUUUUUCUACACAAUUUGACAUUUUUGGAGUAAUUUGAUUGUAAAGUUACAUGUUAUUAGCAGUUGUGGUGAGUUGUGAUUUAACAGGCCGAGUUUGCGGUGAAUAUGUUUGGACCGGAUCAUUUAAGGACUGUUUUUGAAGUUAAGUGCAAUCCAAAAUGAAAAAAGAGAGAGAAGCAGCCCAAACCAAGGGGGUUCAUCCAUUCGUUUCACUUCGGAAAUUAACCCCAGCGGCACUAGUUUUUUUCUUCCCCUUCCUGCUCACCUUGCCGUAGAUCAAUUCUGUUCAUUCGAAGCACACCAGAUUAGCUGCACCAGGUUUUCUUCUCUGUUCAUUUUAGUUACAAGCAGCCGCAGGGAAGGAAUUCUUUCUGUUUGUUUCUGAACCAAUCGCAGCAAGCAGAAGUUAGAGACCAAGAAGCAACUUUUCUUCCUUUUCUUUGACAAUCAGCCGCAGCAGAAAGCAAGAGACCAGGAAUGCCUAAACGUCAUUUUCCCUCAAUUCUUUCAAUUCAAUUUACAUUCUAAGUAAUGAUUGUAAGUUCCUGCAUAUUUUACAUUACUUGUUUUCUGUUUUGGAUUUAAUUUUGAAUUGGUAGUCUCCAUCUAGUAAUUUCAGUUUUUUUUUUACUAUUAAAUACUCGUAAACCAGUUUUUUGUUUCUAGCUCCACAUAUGUUUAUUGUGAUGUUAAUUUUAAUCAUGAAUAGCUAAUUUCAUAUAGGGUUUGAAUUGGGGCUAGGGUUCAUGGGUUCUUGAGGGUGUGAAUUUAGUUUUUUUUAUCAAUUAAUUUUCUGGAUAAUUGUAUAAGAUUAAUCAUAAUUGUCUAUAUGAAUUUGAUCACCUCAUAUAUGAAUUUCUGGAUUUAAUUCAAUUCUUGUCUAUGAGAAAUUGAGUUAAAUUAGCUCAGGUCUUAUACAAGCAAUCUGACCUUAGAAAUAAGUUAGGAUUGUGAAAUAUUGAUUUAAAUCUUGUCUAUGAGAAUUUAUUUCAUUUUCUUUCCAGGAAUAAUUGAAAGUUAAUUUACUUAAUUCUAAUCCCAAAAGAACACCCAGAACCCGAACCAUCCAAUUUGAACCCUGUUUUACUAUCUAGAAUCAAUUUAAUUUGUUUUUUCUUCCUCUACUUAUUUUUGCACUCGUUGUUAGUUACUUUUUUUAUUUUAUUUUAUCACCCAAAAAUAAUUAUUUGGAAAGAUUACCAUGACUUGUGCUAGCCUGUGAUCACGGAUUGUAUGUAAAAACUUCCUUUUUGCCACUCCUUGAGAGACGAUACUCGUGGUCUGGUUAUUCUUAGGAUUAACCAACUACGUUUUACUCACUAAAAAAAUACACUGAUCACUCCUUAAGGGUCGUUAUGGCUUUAGUAGCUCACUUUGAUCUUGAGCUGCAUCAAAUGGACGUCAAAACAGCUUUCUUAAAUGGAGAUUUACACGAAGAUGUUUAAAUGAUACAACCAGAAGGUUAUGUUUCUA